GGAUCCCAACCUACCCUGCAUUUCUGCGUUGGCUUUAUGAAAGCCAACUUCUUUAAAAGGGCUUUUUAAGGGCUCUUGACCAGGGAGUACUCAUCCUGACACAUCACUCCUCAGAGGACAACUGCCUUAGACUUCUCCAAGCCAUGAUUUUCUUCCUUUUUGCAAGAACAAGAACACCGGAUACCUUGGAAUUAAAAGAGCUAUUAAGGUGACGGACACUCGCAUCAGCUGGAGUUGGUGCAAUCAGACCUUUCCUUAUGGAUUGUGGGCACACUUCUACCAGUAAAUUGUCUGCUUGGAUGAUUAAUGACUUCUGAAUUGCUGUAAGAAUCUGGUGAAUGAUCUUUGGUUGAAGAACUGUCACCAAAACCUGAGUGCAAAUUACAAACUGCAGAAUUUUCCAAUUCAGGAAAAAAGGGAAAGCAGCAGAUGUAAAUGACCUCUUCUUGAACAAAAUGUUCUUUCCAGUGCCUUGGGUGGACUCCAGGAAGCCAGUGCAGCUGGGCAGCCUCCUGUUGCUGAUCUCACAAAUAUUGGUAAAAAGGGCUAUGUCCCACAUCCUGAUGGAUAUGGCUCUGAAUUCUUUUGAUGACCAGUAUCUGGGGUGCAGAGAGGAAAUGAUGGAAGAACUGGAGCAAGGUGACUAUUUUCAAAAGGAAAUAGCUGCUAACAAGGACUAUUUGAACCUCUGGAAGAAGGCUCAGGAGGCUUUGUUAAAAAGCCCUGUAGGUCUUCUGAGGGAGAUGCAUGACAGCCAUGCCAUAGUCCUCAUGGCUUACACCAUGAACUCUUCCCUGCACUCUCAGCUGAACUGGGCUACAUCUACAGCAGGAAUCUCUCCAGAGCACUACAGACACAACUUCAGUUUCAAAUAUUUUCACUUUUACCUAACAACUGCUAUCCAGAUAAUGAAGGAAUGGCAGAGCAGCAAGGAAAGCAUGGGGAAACGUAAGUGCUACCAGGUGCACAGGGGUGUAAAAGACUUAUAUAUCGAGGCCACGGUAGGCAGCAGGGUGCGAUUUGGCCGUUUCACUUCUACCUCCCGCCUCAGGAGUGAAGCCCAGAAGUUUGGGAAUGAAACUUUGUUUACAGUGACUACUUGCCUGGGAGCAGCUAUGCAAGGCUUUUCUUACUACACAACUGAGAAGGAAGUCCUCAUUCCCCCUUACGAGAUAUUUCUUGUCAAAAGCUUCAUUCAGACACAGGAUGGUAACCGACUGCAUCUUCAUUCUGUGGGGAACUACAGCAAGUACCACUGCCAGCUGGUGGAAGCUUCAAGAUGUAAGAACAGUGGUUCCACUGCCCUCGCCUCUGCCAUUCUUCCUAGCGUGGUUGCAGUUUCUAUGUGCUUGGCCCACAGUCUUUGGUUCUCUGGCUGCAUCCAGCUGUAUACUUGUGAAUAGCAGCCAAGAAGAGUUCA